AUGGUGUUAUUAGCGGGUAUCCCAUUAUUUUACAUGGAACUCUCACUGGGUCAGUACUAUCGCAAAGGAGCGAUCACAACAUGGGGACGAAUUUGCCCACUAUUUAAAGGUAUCGGCUAUUGUGUGAUUAUGAUUGCGUUCUACACGGAUUUCUUCUACAAUGUGGUGAUCGCAUGGGGUUUGCAUUAUCUGUACGCUUCAUUCUCGAUAAAUCUGCCAUGGGCCAACUGCAACAACUCCUACAACAGUCCGGCUUGUUACGAACCGCAGUAA